AUGGACAGACCAAAAAAAGGUCGCAGCGCCAGAUGGGGCGCCGCCUGCGCUCCAUGUGCGGCCGCAAAGACGCGCUGCAUUCGCACGCAGUCUUCGGGGCAGCGACAGUGUGAUCGAUGCCGGAGCUUGGAGAAAGAAUGCGUCAGUCAAACUCCUGGCCCAAGAAAAAAAAGACAGGCCAAGUCCUCCCUGGAUUAUGUCGCAAGCAGCCAUUCGGCAUCAUCGGUGAACAUCGAAACCCAACCUCAAGUCACUUCAAGCCAGGACGAAUCUGCUCUGAACACUCCGGCGCAUGACUUAUCCUCUAGCGCACCCUCGCCUCCCACAUGCAGCUGCAUGGCAGCAGUGGCCAUGGAAGAUCUUGUCCCCGUGGAGUCUGACGAAACUUUGCUGUCCAUCUACAGGAAUCAACUGUCACCUCGGCUGCCCUUUGUCAUCAUUCCGCCUGGCACAACGCCGAGUCAACUGCAGGCGACUCGUCCAUUUCUCAUGAAGGUGAUACGAAUGGUGGCUUCCGUCCGUCAUCUUCGAUUGGUCAGAGGACAAAGCCGCGCCGUCAUGGAACACAUCUCCAACGCCAUGCUCAUGCAAUCCGAGCGCUCGUUGGACCUCGUCCAAGGCAUUCUGGUUUUCCUGGGAGCCUAUCACUACCUUUGUAUGGCGCAUGCGCAGUUCAACAUCCUGAUCCGUCUGGCUGUCAGCUUAGUGGAAGACAUGAAUUGGAGUACAUGCCCCAAGGCUCAACAGCGGAGGAGUCAGCUACCUUUGGCACGUACUGAGAAGCCCGUGUCUAGAAGCAACGAAGAGAAGCGCGCGCUACUUGGCGUCUGGUAUAUGAGCUCGAAUGCUUGCUUUGUUGUGAAGCAGUUGACACUCAUGAAAUAUUCCAAAUACCUAGACCAAUGCCUCAAGGAUCUUGAGGAUGCCAGAGAAUACAAGACAGACGAACUUGCCGUAGAAUUGGUCCGCAUCCAGCGACUUACGGAGAAAAUCUUUCACUUCCACAGUACCGAUUCACAGGUAGACGAGCAACCUGAAACUCCAACGAUGGCGCGCCUUAAAACAUUCCGAGUCGAAUUAGACAGUCUCCGGGACGCACUGCCCAAGAGUCUUAAAUGCGAUUACCUUCUCUCUUGCUACUACCACACUGCUUAUCUCUGGAUAUUUGAGCCUCUUCUGGCAGGUUCACAUCUACCGGACGCCGAGGUUCAAUCCCUCGCUUCGCUGUCGUUUUCAGGCGUGUCGAUAUCUGAUGUCUUCUCGCAUUUCACCACCGCGCUGAAGGGCUGGCUCGAGGAUUGGCUUGCUAUACCAGUCUGUUCCUACUUUUACAUUCCCCUACCCGCCUACGUCCAGCUAGUCCACGGCGCCAUGAUGCUCUCUCGAUGGUUGAGGAUAGCCGGGCUUGGCGCCGCCAAGCUUUCCAGUGCCGGCACGGCUGUGUCACAGAAAGAUUCCACGCUGCUUUCGCGCCCAACACCUGCUCUGAGCGGCGUGCCUCCAUGUCCAGAUCUGAGCCUGCCAAGAGAUCCAGGCUCAGAGUCUAUCCAUGUCGUGUCGGCCCAGAUACUCAACUUGCUCAGGGCCGAGGUCGCAGCGCAACCCAGUCUUCAGGUUGACAUCGCCGGCAUCCUUGAUACCAUGGCCGCUCGUUUCGAAGCCGCAAAGAAAGAAAUGGCCGCGGCGCAGGGGUUGGACUGGGAGAAUGAUACCUGGGACCUUGCUGCAGAGCAUUUGAAGAUGAAGAAGGCUAGGGUCGAGAAAUGGCGUGACAUAGUCGCCAUGGCGGCAGACAAGGGGAUGGGCCCACCGACCGAUGCUCAUGAUAGCGUUGGCGAUGAGAGACAAGCCAUAGAUGUGUGGACAGGGCAGAGCGUCGACGAUUUCGAGUGGCUAACAUCAGACCAUGGCUGGAACGGCAUGGAGUGGGAAAGUGCCAUGUUUGAUGAGAUGUUCCGAGACAUUCACACUUGA